UGAACAUCUGUGUUUAGAGCUAAGCUAAAAAAAAUAUUAAAAUAAUAUUCUGUAGUGAUUUAAAAGUGUCAAAAAUCAUUUUCUUUAAUAGUGCAUAGUGCAGUGUUAAUUAGUUUAGUGAGACAGUGUUGAAAAAAGUGAUAAUUCAAAGGAUUAGUUCGGAUUUUGUGUGGAUCUUAAAUCGGCUUGGUGAACGCCAUCUUGAAAACUUUAUACGAUCACGAUUAACGACAGGUGAAAAUCGCUAGUCCAAGGUAUAAUAUCAGUUUAUAUGAAUGGAUAAUUGAAAUUGUGAGUAGUAAGCAAUACAAAGCUAAACGCUAACGUGGUUUUCACUGGAAAUUUAUAUCUUUGCUACUUUGAAAAGCAGUGUUAAUUUCGAGCAAGGUGGACGCCAUCUUGAAAGCUUGUGUUAUCGGGAUUUACAUUUGACAAGUAAGUUACUACGCAAAAUUGAAUGAAACAGGGUAAUAGACAUCGCAUUAAGGAGGAACGGUGUAGAUUAUUUAUACCCUUAUUCAUAGUGCUGGUAUUACAUUGGAAAGUACUUUUAAUCAACAGUGUAAUAUAUUGCAUCAUUCGAGCAUGGUCGGUGGUGGCCGCCAUUUUGGAAAUUAUACCCGUCAACAGGCAAUCUAAGUCUACUACCAUAUACUUCAUGAAAGUUACUUUAAGUGUACCGAGAACGAGGGUGCGGUGCAGAACUCUCUUGCUUACGCUGAUAAUAACAUUUUUAUUGUGGAACUUUGCAACAUCUAAAAUGUCUCAAGACCAACAGCAAGGCAAAAGGAACAGAAACACGAAGGGGAAUUCAGUAUCCAGCAGUAAACCCAACGAGUCUACGGAAGGCUGGGUUUGUAAACUUUGUAAGAAAAAGUACACAGAAGAUUCAGCAAAAAUUGUGCAAUGUGAGUAUUGUAGUGAAUUUUACUGCUCAUUAUGCCUUAAAUUAUCAAACACGGACUAUGAAGGCUUUAAGAAUCCGCAGCUCCAUUGGUUUUGCCCCAGUUGUGACGAAAAGGUUAUGCGAAAUGUGAAGCAAGAAAGGGACAUAGAGGAACGAUGUGCUGCAUACAUGAAAAAAAUGGAAACCAGAAUAGUAAAACUAGAAGAGGAAAUGCUGAAAAAAGUGGACUAUGAGCAAAUAACCAAAAUUGUGGAAACCGUGAUCAGUGCAAACCCUCAACCAAUCGCCCAGGAAGGGGCCAGUAAACUUGAGAUUGAGCUAGUGGACAAAAAGAUUUCAGAAAUAAGAAAGUCAGUAGAGGACCAGGCGUACGAAAUCAGGGAUAGCACCAAUAGGGAAAGAAACAUUAUUAUACAUGGUUUAAAAGAAAACGAUGAAAAGGACCCGACAACAAGGAAAAUUAACGAUACAAAAAUGAUCGACAACUUAAUGGAUUUCCUGGGGAUAGAGCACGAAGGAUAUGAAAGCGUAAUUAGACUGGGGAAAAAGAGUGAAUUAUCUGAGAAACCAAGGCCAACAAGAGUAAUAUUUAGAAACACUGAAAACAAGAAAACAAUGUUGAAAAAUCUACAUAAACUCAAAAACAUGGACUGUACGAAUGUUCUGAGCAAAAUUGGGGUGACCCAUGACAUGACAAAGGCGGAAAGGGAGCAGAAUAAGGAGCUCAUUGAAUUAGCCAAGGAGAAAUCAAGCAACGACAACUCGGGAAAAUUCCACUUCCUGGUGCGGGGCCCACCUUGGGCAAGAAAAAUUGUAAAAGUCGCCAAAAAGGAUUAGAAGCACAAGGAACUGUUCAUUUGUUCAAUACUGUUACUGUUACGAAUUGUGAGGAUAAGCAUCCUAAAAAUGUUGUUAAAUGUGAGGAUAAGCAUCCUAAAA